CUAGGCAGGGGCGAGGGGAUGGAGCAGGCCAAGGCGCUGCUGGGGCUUCUGCUCCUGGUGCCGGCCUUGGCGGCCGAGCCCCUCCGCGAUUCCCUGAGGGAGGAGUUGCUGCUCAGCCCCCUUCCUUCCGGCGACCUGGCCGCUACUUUCCAGUUCCGGACGCGCUGGGACUCCGACCUGCAGCGGGAGGGCGUCUCUCACUACAGGCUAUUCCCUAAGGCCCUGGGACAGCUCAUCUCUAAGUAUUCAGUGCGUGAGUUGCAUCUCUCCCUCACUCAGGGCUUCUGGCGAACACGGAGUUGGGGACAGCCAUACUUGCAAGCUCCCGCUGGGGCUGAACUCUGGGUCUGGUUUCAGGACUCUGUUGCUGAUGUUGACAAGGCUUGGAAGGAUCUCAGUAACAUACUCUCAGGGAUAUUCUGUGCCUCUCUGAACUUCAUUGAUUCCACCAACACCGUCACUCCAACAGCAUCCUUCAAACCUCUGGGAUUGGCUAAUGCUACAGAUCAUCACUUCUUACGAUAUGCUGUCCUGCCCCGUGAAGUCGUCUGCACCGAGAAUCUCACGCCCUGGAAGAAGUUAUUGCCCUGCAGUUCAAAGGCUGGCCUGGCUGUGUUGCUGAAGGCUGAGCGCCUGUUCCACAGCAGCUAUCAUUCCCAAGCCGUGCACAUCCGCCCCAUCUGCAGGGAUGGCGCUUGCUUGACCUCUUCAUGGGAACUCAGACAGACCCUUACAGUUGUUUUUGAUAGUUUUGCCACCGGCCAAGGGAAAAAAGACUGGUCCCUUUUCAAGAUUUUUUCUCGCACUCUUACCGAAGCAUGUCCUUUGGCAUCUCAAAGCAAGAUCUAUGUUGACAUUUCCAGCAAAGGCCAGGAGAAUGAGUUAUUAGAGGUUACUCCAGCUCCUCAGUCUGUACAUGAAGCAUCUGUCCAAGGAAACAGAAGAACCUAUGCAGUCUACGACCUCCUGGACCCAGGACUCUUUAAUGUGUCUCGUAGCCUCAAUGUGCAGCUUAAAUGGAAACGGCCACAAGAUAGCUUGGAUUUGGCAGCACCUGUGCUCCAUGCUCAGCGCUACGUGAGUGGCUACGGUCUUCAGACUGGAGAGAUCAGCACUCUUGUCUAUAAUACACACCCAUACCGGGCUUUCCCUGUGCUGUUACUAGAGACGGUGCCCUGGUACCUGCGACUCUACAUUCAUACGCUGACCAUUAUCACAAAGGGAAAGGAAAACAAACCAAGUUAUAUCCACUAUCAGCCGGCACAGGACCGGCGGCGCCCUCAUCUCCUAGAGAUGCUGAUUCAGCUGCCAGCAAAUUCUGUCACAAAGAUCACCAUCCAGUUUGAGAGGGCCUUGCUGAAGUGGACAGAAUACACUCCUGACCCCAACCAUGGCUUUUACGUGAGUCCGUCUGUCCUGAGUGCCCUGGUGCCAAGCAUUAUUGCAAUGAAGGAGGAAGAUGAAGAGCUAAGCCCCCUCUUUGCUUCCCUGUUUCCUUCUUCCGAUGGCUCCAGCUACUUCGUACGCCUCUAUACAGAACCGCUGCUGGUGAACCUGCCAACGCCAGACUUCAGCAUGCCUUAUAAUGUCAUCUGCCUGACCUGUACUGUGGUGGCUGUGUGCUAUGGUUCUUUUUAUAACCUCCUCACAAGAACAUUCCAUGUGGAAGAACCCAGCAGGGGAGGAUUGGCCAAGCGGCUGGCAAACAUAAUCCGAAAAAUGAGAGGCGUCCCUCCUCUUUGAAGGAGGCUAGCACCGCCAGUUUUGGGAACUCUGAGCCACGUGUGGGGCCACGUCCUCAGAAUCAAGAUGGCUGUCAACCCCUCUCCCUAGUUUUCUGAUUCUUGAGCAGCCAAUCGAUCCUGUCUUUUUUUUUUACCAUUGAAAAGCACUGGAUCUUGUGCAUCAAUCAUUCAUUUUGAGACUACAAAUGCAAAGCACUCAGGAGAAAAACUGGCUAAUUUGGGGUUGUUUUUUUCUGGGAGAGGGGAAUAACUUAUGUUUGGUGAAGAGAUUCUGGAAAUAAACUUGACCUGUGCCUGAACUUUUGUCCCCUCGGCUUUGCUUCUCUACAGACAUUCCGUUGCAUCGGCCAAGCUCUUCUUGUUUCCUUGGCAACCACUGUCAAUACAUCACUCAUACCUUCUUAGCAGCCAAGUGGGAUAAUGUCCUGGCAUGGUAACUGCAUCUGAGUCAGGCCCAUUUAGCCAUUUUGCUGGGCUGUGGGGAGGCAAUGUCUGGGUUGAUGUUGCUAGGCAACUGUCUGCCCCACUCUGAGGGAGAAACUUCUUUCCUGUGUUUAACAAACUAGUGGGCUGGGCUAUAGGAAGACUCUAUAGGAGGGGCAGGGAGCUGGCAAAAUGGUAGAAUAGAAUGUUUAAGUAAGGCCAAAGGGGGGAAGGGCACAGGUGGUAUAGGAGUGGGCAACAGUCCAAGACUGCCAAAUGUCGAGAAUCCUCAUUAGAAGUAACAAGGCAAUUUCUUGCCCAUAAUAAUAAUAAUAAUAACAUUCGAUUUAUAUACCGCCCUUCAGGACAACUUAAUGCCCACUCAGAGCGGUUUACAAAGUGUUAUUAUUACCCCACAACAAUCACCCUGUGAGGUGGGUGGGGCUAAGAGAGCUCAAGAGAACUGUGACUCGCCCAAGGUCACCCAGCUGGCUUUGUGGAGGAGUGGGGAAUCAAACCUGGCUCUCCAGAUUAGAGUCCCGUGCUCUUAACCACUGCACCAAACUGGCUUAGAAUUGCCAGAAUUGCUUAGUUUGCUCUCACUUUAAAAUUAGGCUUGCCAACCUCCAGGUGGGGCCUGGAGAUCUGGAAUCACCAUACAUCUCCAGACAACAGAACACAGUUCCUCUGGAGAAAAUGGCACCUAUGGAGGGUGGACUUUCUACUCUACUGAGGUCCCUCCCCAAGCUUCACUCCUCAAUCUCCAGGAAUUUCCCAGCCCAGGAUGGAUGACCCUAUAUUAAAUACCUUGCUUAUUGUGGUUCUAAUGCUGAUCAAUCCAAGGACCUUUUAGUACUUUCCAUCUAUAGUUGAUCCAUAUUAAAGGAAAUUAUAGAAUUGUUAAAUUAAAACAGGCAUCAUGCACAACAGCCAGGCUGAAAUUUUAAAAAUAAGCGUUGACAAGACCCAUUCUAUGAAGCUUGGGAGUUAUGAAAUACUUGAUACAUUGAUCAUCUUGUCUAGGAAAUAAGGAAUUUUCUAUUCUUACAUUUCUGCUGCAGGAAAUACCUAUUCUUCUCAUCCUUUUCUAGUUGUAGGCAGUCCUUUUUCUAGCCACAAGGUGUUCCCAGAACACCACCACAAGUAUUACCAUUUCCCCCUUUGUUUCCACAAUAAAGACAUCUUUAUCAUUUAA